AGACAUUUGACCAACGCAGUUUUUGCGAUCAGACACACAUCGACGACCAGGUAAAUUCGAGGCCGAUCAGACACAGUCAAGAUGGGUCGUCUCCAAGAAUACCAAGUGAUCGGGCGCCAUCUGCCCACGGACGCCAACCCGACGCCCAAGCUGUACCGCAUGCGCAUUUUCGCACCCAACAAUGUGGUCGCCAAAUCCCGCUUCUGGUACUUCCUGAUGAAGCUGCGAAAGGUCAAGAAGUCGUACGGCGAGAUCGUCUCGUUGAACGUCAUCCACGAGAAGCGACCGCUCAAGGUCAAGAACUUUGGCAUCUGGAUCCGAUACGACUCCCGCUCCGGCACUCACAACAUGUACAAGGAGUACCGAGAGAUGAGCCGCACCGAUGCCGUCGAGGCCCUGUACCAGGAUAUGGCAGCUAGACAUCGGGCCAGAUUCAGGAGCAUUCACAUCCUCAAAGUCGUCGAAGUCACCAACCCCAACGAUGUCAAGCGUCCCUACAUCAAGCAGUUGAUCUCCAAGAACCUCAAAUUCCCUCUUCCUCACCGCAGCACCGGCUCCAAGAAGCUGUUCGUCCCUACCCGGCCCAGCACCUUUGCUUAAACGGCUGGUUGCCAAUACGAUUUGACGCCGCUGGAGUUGCUGCUGCAGUGUGAAUGAGUGAUACUUGGCCGUUGAGCGGAACGAAGGGGGUACCGAAGUUCGAAUCGAGUGAGGAAAGCGGUGGAGGCGUGGUCGGUUUUUUGUGGCCAUGCGAAUAGUGGGCUAGACAAAGCUCCACGUCGACCUCCUCGCAGAGCGAAGCAAAAUACAGGCAGGCAGCAUGCCUUGAUUCACAGAGAGAAUGCAAGGCUUGCGCAAAUGGGAGUCUGCAAGGGUCGAGCACCAGUGAUGUCUCAUGCGUCAAUUCAAAAAUCAUUAACGUUCUCACACUUCUCCGCCACGUUCUUUCCGUGCAUGAAUUUCACUUUCCCAAAAAUGCAGCACCAUGUGGGAACGCUGAGUGAUAAGGAUCCGUUCAUGAUUAUUAACAUCU